AUGGGAUCGAGUCAGCAAAGUAGCGCUGAAGAGCCUGUCAAAGAUCUGACGUCCAUCUUAUCAUCCAUUAUUGAUGCGAUAGAAACAGCAGAUGUAGAACGAUUGCAAGAUCUUAUGGAGAAUGAACCAAAUCUUGCGAGAAACGCUUUCAUGAAAGCUCUUCUCUACGCUGAGUCAUCGGGGAGCAAGGAAUGUGUCCAUCUCCUACUGAAAUACGAUCAUGAUCUCUUAGCUAGAGACUCAUUCGGUUGUACCACACUUAUGAUCAGUGCUAUAUUCGGUCGUUACAACUUAGUUUCUUACUUUGGAAAUCAAAUUCCUUCUGAAGAAGUCAUCACUCUGGCGGAAGAAGCCUUGCCGUAUGCGUCUUUUAAGAAGCACUUUUCGACCGUUAAGCUACUGUUCAAAUUCAUUCUUGGAGGUGCAGACAUAUUCCGAGAUCCUUUUGGAAUUGAACUCAUGCAGAACACACUCGAUUCAACACCUAAAUCCAUGGUACAGUAUGUGCAAGAGAAUAUAAUAAGAGACGAUGAUGACAUUAAAGAGUGGCGGACUAGAAUCUUCAUGAAAUUUAUCUUAAAUAUGUUUGCAAUAUUUGACGAACAGGAUCAUAUAUUUUAUGUGGAGGACUUGAUGAAUAGACACUUUAAUGGCGUGGCGAAUUAUGAGGAGUUUAGAUGUAAUUGUAUCGGAUUGGAUUGUUCAAAAGCGCAAAUGGUUUAUGACGAAUAUAAAGACUACGUAAUCAAUAAGCCUAUCGAGCACAAAUUAUGUGUAAAAUCAUUUUAG